AUGGGGGAGAUCACUCCGCCUGCGAAAGGGGGCUUUCGUUACGUCUCCAAAUUCACCGACGCCCCCACGCGAAUGAAGGAGAUCUACUUGCUCAACGCCAAGUCCGAGUCCGCUCGAGCCCUUUACGCCUACUACAUGCACGUGGCUGCUCCGCUAGGCCGCCGCAUCGAGAUUAUUCGGUGCAACAGAGGAGGGGAAAACGUCGGAAGCGAGGUCACCACUUACCGCACCGACUCCGGCAUCACCAUCGAAUUCACCAUCGAAUACGCCGCGACGAACACCCCUCAGCAAAAUGGCGUAUCCGAACGAGACGCACAAACUUUGGCGACAAUCACGCGUCACCUCAUGAAGGACGGAGUCUUCCCACCUACCCUAUGCGGAGAACUAACGCUGACGGUGGUGUACCUCUCCAACCGGUCGCCCCACACAGCACUUGGGGGAGUAACUCCGUACUUCAAAAUGUACGGCAAAGAAGCGGACCUGUCAAACCUUGGAGUCCUCGGAGUCACAGCCUUCGUGCACCACGAGCGAUACACUAAAACGUUGAGCGACCGCGCGUUCGAAGGCAAACUCUGCGGCUUUAGUCAACACAGUAAGGCCUACAGGAUCUACAACACUGCAACCGGCAACGUAGUAGAGAGCAGAAACGUCACCUUUAUUGAGACGCCGGCGUACUCCAUGCCUCUCGGCGUGCCCAAUGACGACCGUUUUUACGAGGGACACGUCCUGCGCUUCACAUCCAUUCUUGGGGGGGGUGAAAUCGAACAAGGGGAUCAGCCGAGACCAGCACAAGGAAUAUCGCGGCCGCUUGAAGUGACCUGCGCUGCCACCAGGAAGAGGCCGAACGCCUCCGACACCGUCGACGCCGCCCUUGCACCCAGCUCUCUGGAGAUCAACAUGGACGACAGCGGAGGUGGAUGUAUGGCGGCCGCCUCGAUGCGGUCCGACCCGAGUGCUCUAACGUUUGGCCAGCUAUUGGACAUUGCCAGAAGGACCAACCACGAUCACGCCAGCACGUCUCCGGAUUUUGCUCAUCUGGAUGAAGAAUCACCCCCGAAGUCGCGGGCCUACGUGUACGCCACAGGCGCCCCGAUCCGGCAAGGAUUCUUGGAGGAGGAGCAUAGAGCCAUCAAAAUCCCCAACACCUUCAAGGAAGCCAUCAACUCGCCCGAGACAAAGCAGUGCAAGGUAGCGAUCGGAAAGGAGUUGGACAGUCGGGCGAAACACAGGGUCUUCAAGUUGGUCCCGAUCACCAGCGUUCCCAAGCACGAGAAGGUUCUCGGCACAAGGUUCGUCUUCAAACAGAAGGCGGACGAAAGAUUCAAGGUCAGGCUGGUGGUUCAAGGCCAUGUACAAGAAUCUGGUAUCGACGACGGGAGGCGCUACGCAAGAGUGUGCCGCAUCGGGAGCGUUCGCAUCUUUUUCGCCAUAGCGUGCGAACGCGGAUGGCCAGUAUGGCAGAUGGAUGUAGCCGUGGCGUUUCUGCAGCCAACGAUCGACAAGGACGUGUGGGUCAAGCCCGCUCCAGGACAAGACGCAAAGGACCCCGCGACUGGGGGGAUCAUGGUCUACAAACUCGAACGCAGCCUCUAUGGGCUCGCGCAGUCGCCAGUCCUCUGGUACGACACCAUCGACGAAGUACUAGUGGUGAUCGGAUUCAGGCCCACGCAGUCCGAUCCCUGCGUUUACAUACACGGAAGCGGCGACACCCUUGUAAUCCUGACGUUAUACGUCAACGACAUCCUGAUCAGUGGAAAGGAUCCCGACCUUGUCGCCGACCUGAAGAAAGAACUCCAAGACCGCUUCGAAAUAACAGACAUUGGAGAAGUUCGUCUCAUCCUAGGCAUGAAAGUCACGCGCAGCUACGAAAACGGAACGCUCGUCGUCUCGCAGAAGGGCUACGUCAAGAGUAUUCUGGAGAGUUUGGGCAUGGAGAACUGCAACCCGCCAGCGGAUGAGCUACUCGGAGCAGCCGAGUCCAAGCUAUACCAGUCCAUCACAGGCAGCCUGCUCUACCUGGCUCAAUGCAAAAGGUAUGACCAGUCCUACGCGGUCAACCAACUGACGAGGGCAUGCAGCAAGCCUGCUCGGGCCCACACGACAGCGGCAAAGCACGCGCUUCGAUACAUUCGCGGAACGCCAGACCUACUCAUCAUAUUCAAGCGAGGACGAUUCCGCGUUGCAGCGUUCGCCGACUCUUCUUUCGGAGCUAUUCCAGACAACAGGAAGUCAACCACAGGUCUACAAGUGGAGAGCGAACUUCAAGCCAUCAGCUACGGAGCAAAGGAGGCCGCAUAUCUCUCUAGCCUUCUAAUGGCACUCAAGUUCGAAAACUUGAAGCCGAUCUCCAUUUACAGUGACAGCUCAGGGACUCUAAGCCUUGCCGCCAACACCAUGUUCAGCUCGAGGACCAAGCACAUCGCGCUGCGGUUCUUCGUUCUCCAGGAAUCGAUCAAGCCGCGCCACAUCGCGGUUCACCACGUCCCAACGCAGGCUAUGCUUGCUGACAUAGCCACGAAGCACUUGGACCGAAACAAGUUCAACUCCAUCAUCCACCAAAUCAAGGACUUCGGGGGCUAG